AUGCCGGAGCGGUUUGUGAGCCUAGGAUUGUUACUCAAGGCCGAGUGCUUGGCCCCGGGUCAGAUGGGCUGCUUGCGGAACUCCAUGGUUACUCGGGAGACUCUCAUCAGAGCUCCUCUGGGUCGGCACUAUACGCGCGGUCGAUCGCUACCCCCGGAAUGCUUUGUAUACGGCAAGAGGUCAGAGAGGGAUCCGGACGGGAUGGCCAAGUGCCUCAACUGGUGUACUCACAGAGCCGUCGAGGACUCCAAUAUCUACGGCGUAGACUAUCACAAAACAAAUGUCGAGAGCGUCAAGGUGGGAAUCCACAAGGUACCUGAGUGGUUCCGGUUCCGAAAAGAAAAGGACUUCCACCGGAGACCAGUCAAAUCUGUUAUCCAACAGAAAAAACCUGCCUUCCCCCUGGAUAUGACAUUUGGCAGACCAACACGUCCAUCUACACCAAUAGGCUGUUUGCUUUCCCAUUACUAUAAACGGGAGUUUGAUCGAAUUGCAAUCGAAAACAACAGAGCAUACUUGACAGGCAUGGCCAUCGCGCAAAAUAAAUCGCCGCAGCCUUACGACACUCUAAAAUCGGCGAACGCUGUAGCGCAGCUGCCAUCGCAACAGCCUCCACAGAAGCUCUGGACAAUGAAGCGCUUCCGCUCUCGGCCGCCGCGUAUUUCCAGCCACUGGAGCCAUGAAGAGGAGCAAAAGAUGCAUGAAAGACUUUACUCAAAGCCAAACUGUAAUGCAGUUUUGAGAAAAUAA